UGUAGUUGGAAGUACCGUGUUUGUUCACUGCUCACCCACUGAGGGGAUCCUGACUCUGGUCCUGACCAGGCAGCUUUCUCCUCAGGCCCCAGAGUUCCAGGAAGAGUGUGGAGGGAGUGAGCAGCCCCCAGGCCUGUGAGCACCUGACCCUGCACCCUGAGAGGAGCCCUGAGCUGAGAUGCAGCCCUGGUGUGUGGGCAUCAGCACCCUCCUGCUCUCAGCCCUGCUUCCCUGGCCAGGCGCAGGUGAAUUCCGUGUGCUAGGCCCAGGAGCACCUGUCAUUGCCUCAGUUGGGAAAGAAGCUGUGCUGCCCUGUCACCUCAGCCCAGAGACAGAUGCUGAGGGCAUGGAGGUGACCUGGUUCCAAAUGGAUCCUCCAGCUCUGGUGCAUCAUUAUGCUGCUUCCAAGGAUCAUCUGGAGGACCAAAGCCCACAGUACCGAGGGAGGACAGAGUUCCUGAAGGAGAACAUCAACACAGGGCAGGUGGCCCUGAGGAUCCAUCCCAUCCUCCCUUCAGAUGAUGCAGAGUACAGGUGUUACAUUGCAAGCCCCACAUUCGAAAAUGAAGCAGAAUUCAAGUUGUUGGUGACAGCCUUAGGCACAGCUCCUAAGAUUCACAUUGAGCCUGGAGGCAAUGGGGAGAUGAAGCUGACCUGCACAUCCAGGGGCUGGUACCCAGAGCCUGAGUUGCAAUGGAGGAACCUCCAAGGACAGCAGUAUUUGUCACCAGUCUCUGAGACGAAGACAGGAGCAGAGAAUGGCCUGUUUCAUGUGCAAACAUCUGUUACUGUAGACACCAGGUCAAGAAAUGUGUCCUGCAUCAUAAGGAACCCAGUCCUCAGUGAGGAGAAGGAAGCACACGUUUCUUUAGCAGGUCAGUGUCCUCCAGUGUCAGCAUCCUGAGAGAUCUCUGCUGAGUAAGGAGGGGACAGCCUCCAAGACCUGAGAGU